AUGGAAACAACAGCACUCACUCUCUCUCUCAUUCCCCCUGUGUUUCCUCUUUUGGGUGUAUGUUACAAACCAUGCUCGGCAGAAACCACCAUUGACCCAAUGAACCAAAGACCCAAAACUAGACCUUCCAGGUCUCCCUCCCCUCCUUCAAAUGCCAAAACCCUACACCUAAAUUCCAAAAUGGCUAAAAAUUCAUUCCUCAAAUCAGUCAUAGCCACUAUUCUCUUACUCCUCGGCUUGUAUGCGUUCUUCACUAUUGUUGUUUAUCCUUCAAAUGAUGAACAACAUAGUCACACACUGUUUGGCUCGCAAGAAAAGAUUGGGAAUUCUGGGUGGAAAUUGGAUUCUCCUGGGACAUUUCUAUCUCGGCCUGUGAAGAUUUACAUGUAUGAUCUGCCGAGAAAGUUUACGUAUGGUGUUAUAGAGAGCUAUGCGAUGGCUCGUGGAGGGGAAAAGGGUCGGGUAAACGACGACGCUUUGUUGAAGUACCCGGGGAAUCAGCACUCGGCCGAGUGGUACUUGUUCGCCGAUUUGACUCGGCCGGACAGGGGUGCUGACUCGCCAGUGACUCGGGUUUUGGACCCCGAAGAGGCUGAUUUGUUUUACGUUCCGUUCUUUUCAUCCUUGAGCUUGGUGGUCAACCCGAUUCGGCCCACCAAUGUGGCUGUUGAGGGACCACAGUAUAGUGAUGACGAGAUGCAGGAAAAUUUGAUUGAGUGGUUGGGGGAGCAGGUGUAUUGGAAGAGGAAUAAUGGGUGGGAUCAUGUAUUUAUAUGUCAGGAUCCGAAUGCGUUGUACAAGAUUGUUGAUCGGGUGAAAAAUGGCGUGUUUCUGGUUUCGGAUUUUGGAAGGUUGGGUCGUGAUCAGGCAUCGUUGGUGAAGGAUGUGAUCUUGCCGUAUUCGCAUCGGAUUAAUACGUUUCAUGGCGGUGUAGGUGUCGAAAAUCGGAAGUCAUUAUUGUUCUUUAUGGGAAACCGAUAUCGAAAGGAGAUUCGGGCCCAGNUUCUCGCCUAG